AUGCCUUCUCUUGGCGACUUUCCCUCAGCCUCGUUUGCCUCACAAGCCGUCAUUAUCACGGGGGCUAACGCAGGCUUGGGCAAGGAGAUUGUCAAACACCUUAUCUCCCUCGGUGCCAGCAAAGUCAUCUUCGCCUGCCGUAGCCAUUCCCGUGGCACCGCAGCCAAGCGCAAGAUUGAAGAGCUCUUGAAAUGCGGCUCUGAUAUCAUCGAGGUGUGGGAGCUGGAUUUCGACAUGCUGCCCCGGCUCGUCGCCGUCUACGGCACCGACCGCACGCUUGCUCUGAUACCCAAGCUUGAGCAGACGGCGCGAGUGCACCGAGCCACGCCACGCAUGACCACGGUCGCCUCGGCUCUGUACGAUGUGGCCGAGUACCCGAAACACGGCGACGUCGACUUGUUUGCCUAG